UCCGUGCGACCACACCUCGUUUCAGCCGUGCACUGCGGUUACGACGCUAAAGCCCGGAUCCAAGCGCGUCCGCGAUUCAAUUGCGUCCGCCCCAGCGCUUGCAGCUAUACGAAAGGGCUUCCCCAUGCCAUCGCAGCUACAAUAGUUAGCUCAUAAUUGAACUUUAAAGGUAACCUACAGGGCCCAGGGAGCAGAGCCUUGCUUUGCUUUUGCACCUCGACAACGCAGCGGUCCUUUGGCCACAACGUUUUAUUCAAUGAGCAAUUGAUGGCUCGCUUAUAAAGCACAUAGCGCUGGGCAAGCUAGCGCAGCAUCGCCAAAAUGCGGCAGACAAUUGCUCCUCGCAUCGUGGCUGCUGGUCUGCUCGCGGGCCUAUGGGUUCUUACAGCAGUCAGGGCGCAACCUGCAGUGACAACAGGUCUCCUUGACAUCUUCUCUGGGCUGUACAUAGACAAGCAAGACGCCGCGUGCACCGGCAUCCAUCUCAAAACUGACUACGUUUAUAUUACGCCACAAGUUGAGGCGCAGCAAGAGCCGGCUUGGACUGAGGUCUUGUCUGGGGACAACAUCAUCGGUGACGGAACGGACGGUACCUUCAACAUUCGUACCGGUGACAAGGUUAAUGUCAUCUACUCCAACAGCACGAACCGCAGGAUGCUGCGGAGCGACCAGCCGGCCCUUCUGGACUUUGAAAUUCUCGAACCGGGCUCACCAAAGGAGGUUUUCACUGGCGAGCCCAUCGAGGUGUCCAGUUACAUCUACGUCAUCAACACCUGCGGCUGGCCGCAGUCCACCACCGCUGACAGGAUCCAACAGCUGUACUUCUCCGGCAACCAGAACAUUGAGAACUACCACUCCACUUGCUCUUACAACAAGGUCUUCUUCCGCGAGGAGAACACACGCAUCUUUGACAACAUCAAUGUGCCCUGUGCCGGCACGGUGCAGAGCGGCGUCUUGAAGUACAACUACGACGGCAGCAAGAACUGCGGCGCAGCGGAGCAGUUCGCGUGGCGCAUGGCCGGGGAGAACCUGGCUCGCUCGCUGGGCUACGGUGCUGAGAUGGACAGCAUCCAGCGCCGCCGCCUCAUCGUGGUGCUGCCUUCCGCUGUCAAGUGCGGCUGGGCCGGCCUAGGCUCUGUGGGCUGCAGUGGGAAGUCCUGCUCGGUGUACAUCAAGGGCGGCUACGCCAACGACCUGCUGGUGCACAUGCACGAGCUGGGCCACACGCAGGGCCUCAGCCAUGCCGGCCGCGGCCUGGACGAGUACGGCGACAAGACCGACAUCAUGGGCACCGCCGGCAGCUCCCCAGGCUACCUGUGUAUGAACGCCGGCAACCAGCUGCGCGUGGGCUGGAACUCCCCCAUCAUCACGCUGACACCGCCCUUCGCCGAAUUCAACGUCGUUGGCCGCAUGCUGGACGGCACCCCCACCGAGGGUGGCCGCUGGGAGCUGCCCGCCGCCGCCAGCACAGACACCAACCACCUGUUCCUCAACUUCAACUCGCUGGGCGGCGUGCCCUUCCCCAACACUUUCAUCAGCUUCCGCGCGCGCAGCCCGACCUUUGACAACAUCCUGUCCAGCGACAUGAACAACAGGGUCCUAGUUCACUUCUUCAACGGCAGCGCCAGCGAGCGCGACUACAACCGCACACUGGUUGUGGGAGUGCUAAGCAGCGGCCAGUCCUUCGCCAGCCCCUUCGUGGACCCUGUUGGCGGUAUCAACCAGUACGGCGGCGGCUGGAAGGUCACCGUGCUCUGGAUCCAGAACGGCAACAGCGCGCUCAUCCAGCUGUGUCGCAUGUACUCCCGGGCGGACUGCUCUGGCACCAUCGCGCCCGUGCCCGUGCCCAGCCCGUCCACUUCCUCACCACCGCCUCCCAGUCCGCCGCCCCCAAGCCCGCCGCCGCCCAGCCCCCCGCCUCCGGCGGUGGUGAACAGUCCGCCUCCUCCUCCCAGCCCGCCGCCGCCCAGCCCGCCGCCUCCCAGCCCACCGCCGCCUCCUCCCAGUCCGCCGCCUCCCAGCCCGCCGCCGCCUCCUCCUAGCCCGCCGCCUCCCAGCCCGCCGCCGCCCCCUCCCCCUCGGCCGCCCCCUCCCAGUCCGCCGCCCCCUCCCAGUCCGCCGCCUCCCAGCCCACCGCCGCCCCCUCCUCCUAGCCCGCCGCCGCCCCCUCCCCCUCGACCUCCUCCUCCCAGCCCGCCGCCUCCCAGCCCGCCGCCGCCCCCUCCUCCUAGCCCGCCGCCGCCCCCUCCCCCUCGACCUCCUCCUCCCAGCCCGCCGCCGCCCCCUCCUCCUAGCCCGCCGCCGCCCCCUCCUCCUAGCCCGCCCCCUCCCAGCCCGCCACCUCCCAACCCGCCGCCGCCCCCUCCUCCCAGCACGCCGCCGCCUCCUCCCCCUCGGCCUCCCCCUCCCAGUCCGCCGCCUCCCAGCCCGCCGCCGCCCCCGCCGCCUCGGCCUCCGCCGCCCAGCCCCCCGCCCCCCAGCCCGCCUCCUCCAAGCCCACCUCCCCCAAGCCCGCCUCCUCCUCCUCCUUCAGUAGUCAACAGCCCCCCGCUGCCUCCUAGCCCGCCUCCGCCGCCUCCAAGCCCCCCGCCGCCCCCUCCUCCUCGGCCUCCUCCCAGCCCGCCGCCGCCCCCUCCCCCUCGGCCUCCUCCUCCCAGCCCGCCGCCUCCCAGCCCGCCGCCGCCCCCUCCUCCUAGCCCGCCGCCACCCCCUCCUCCUCGGCCUCCUCCCCCCAGCCCGCCGCCGCCCCCUCCUCCUAGCCCGCCGCCACCCCCUCCUCCUCGGCCUCCUCCCCCCAGCCCGCCGCCUCCCAGCCCGCCGCCGCCCCCGCCGCCUCGGCCUCCGCCGCCCAGCCCGCCGCCCCCCAGCCCGCCUCCUCCAAGCCCGCCUCCCCCUAGCCCGCCUCCUCCUCCUCCUCCUUCAGUAAUCAACAGCCCCCCGCCGCCUCCUAGCCCGCCCCCGCCGCCUCCUAGCCCGCCCCCGCCGCCUCCAAGUCCUCCCCCGCCGUCGCCGCCGCCCCCAAGUCCUCCCCCUCCGUCACCGCCGCCCCCAAGCCCUCCCCCUCCGUCACCGCCGCCCCCAAGCCCUCCCCCUCCGUCGCCGCCGCCCCCAAGUCCUCCCCCUCCGUCGCCGCCGCCCCCAAGUCCUCCCCCUCCGUCACCGCCGCCCCCAAGCCCUCCCCCUCCGUCGCCGCCGCCCCCAAGCCCUCCCCCUCCCAGCCCAUCCCCUCCUGACGCGUCCGAGCCGCCCCUGGGUGCCAUCAUGCUGAGCCCUUCCCCGCGCCCUCCUCGUCCCCCUCCCAUGCCGCGCCCACCCCCGCGCCCGCCGCGCCCGCCCCCUAGGCGCAUGCCCCCCAAGCCCCCUAAGCCCAGCCCUCCCCCGCGUCCGCCGCGGCCUCCUCCCCGCCCUCCUCGGCCUCCUCCGUCAUAAGGCGCAGCAGCGGGCACCGACGUCCAACUGGAGCAAUAUGGAGCAAUGUAAACUGCGCCGGAGCUACAGCUUGGGCGGAAGAGGGAUGCUGCAGCGUCAGGCGGAGCUGCAGCAGGAAGCAAGGCAUUGUGUGCAGGAAUCAUUUAUCUGACAUGAUUGCAGUUUUAGCGCAGGGAGUUGUAUGUUGGGGUUUGGGGAAGAGGGCCAUAACCACCCACGCCAACAUGGCGCCGCGCGCGUGCCAUGGCAAAAAGGCUUACGCCCUCGACUUGGAGAGUGCGUGGCUCAUGGGUUUAUACCAUUGGCGGGUUGUGUACGUAGCACUAGUAGUAGCUGACACGUCUUUAUAAAUUUGCAUGUGCGUGAGUUGGUGACCACGGGCCAAGCGCAUGCCUGAUUCUAGCAAUUUCUUAGCGUUGUGCUCUUGGCCACUGCCAUGCUGACAGCACCACAUUGUUCCCUAGUUGACAGUCAUGGGUUACGUGGCAGGACACCUAACGUAUAGCUGACUGGGAAUAGCGGCCGUUGUAGUUGGGCGAUGAUGAUUUUGUUGUUGCAGCAGUGGCAUAGUGUACUACUAGCCAGUGCGUGCCACGCAGAUUGGCAUAGUUCAGGCCCCCCCAGCCAAUGUUUAGAGAGCCGCAGUGCUAGGCUGAGAUACCGCAGACAUGGUUUUUUAGGGGGUCUGAAGUAGAAUGUGGAGCUUUGUGCCGCGUCCCACUGCUGGAGCCAGAAAGACCUAUCGAGCAUCCUGAGCUGGGCUCGGUUGCCCCUAGCACCACCUGCCACAGCAGACUCGUGUAACAACGCUGCGGCACAGUUUCCAAGGGCAGGAGCGUGGCACGGUGCAGGACCAGGCCGGGAGUUUGGUUCAUUAGCUCCCGUGGUGCGUGGGCUUAUGAAGCGCCAGCACACAUGCAUUCAUGCGGCACUCAUGAGGUGCGUGAUCUUCAAGAGCUGGUUGGAUGAUGACGGAAGGACCCUGCUUGCUGCUGGCAGGCACUCGGAUCACCUCAUUGGCGGCAAGAGGUUCCAGCGUGGGACCAACGUCCGCGUGUUUCUUCUUUGGGAGGUGCCAACAUCCCAACCCCGGCGGCCAGGUCAGGCUGUGGCUCGGUAGGCGGGAUAGCAAGGGCGCAGGUGCGAGAAGGACAUGCCGUGUCGCCCAGGUGUAUGCAAGUAGUGUCGCGGUAAAAGAUGUGUGGCGAGACUCUGUCCCGGGUGCGACGGGCCGCACCACGACCGUGUACCGUAUUACCGGUAUGUGCGUGUCAGGCAUGUGCAUCAGAAGUAGCGCCUGCCGCCAUUGCCGCUGCUGUGCUAUCCAUGCACUGGCAACUUGAGGCGCAUGUGCGUAAGGAGGUGGACGGGGAGAUGGUGAUCUAGCGUAACUGCAAGCUCGCUUGACCGUGACCGCAUUGAGUGUAUCGAUUAGGUCAGCAAGCACAUCAUCUCCGGCCCUGAGACCCGGUCGGAUUGGCUGGAGGUGUUCCAGAGGAAAUGGCUGCUGCCUGU